AAUAAUUAGAGAUGAAUAUUUAAUAUUAAGGGGAAAACAUGCUGAAGGAGAUUUACAGGAAUCAUUACAAAAUAUGUGGUUAGCAGAAGGACAGACAGAUGACUAUGGAGAUAUUUUACCAAAUCUGAAAGAACAGAUUGUUGAAGGCAUUGAUGAACUUUCUAGAGAAAUAGAUACGAGUGCAGAUAAUAUUGUGGCUCAGGCUUUAGAGCACAUUCAUUCUGAUGAACUAAUUAUGACUGCUGGAAAAUCAAGAAGUGUAGAAUCAUUUUUGAGAACAGCAGCAAAGAAAAGAAAAUUUCAAGUCAUUGUAGCAGAAAGUGCUCCUUUCUAUAAUGGUCAAGAAAUGGCAAAAAGUUUAGCAUUAAAUGGAAUUGAAACUACAGUUAUACCUGAUUCAUCAAUAUUUUCAAUUAUGUCAAGAGUAAAUAAAGUAAUUCUUGGAACUCACAGUGUUAUGGCAAAUGGAGGAUUGAAAGCAUUUAGUGGUUCCCAUGCAUUGGCUUUGGCAGCUAAACAUUAUUCCGUACCAUUAAUUGUUUGUGUUCCUGUAUUCAAACUUACUCCGCAAUAUCUCUGCUCUCAUGAUCAAGAUGCUUUCAACUGCUUUGCAUCUCCAGAAGAUGUCAUGACUUUUGCAGAAGGAAAAAUUUUAUCGGAUGUUCAAAUAAUUAACCCCGUAUUUGAUUAUGUUCCACCUGAAUUGGUCACAUUGUUUGUUUUAAACAUAGGAGGAAAUUCACCUACAUACAUCUACAGAUUAUUAAGUGAACUUUAUCAUCCUAAUGAUUAUGUUCUUUAAUUAAUAUAUAAUAAAUAUUGUAAAUAAUUCAGGAUUUGUUUGUUAAAAUUUAUUUUCAAAAGAAAUUUCCCUGAUAGAAUUGUAAAAUA